AUGCUGAGCACAGGCAACUCACAUCCUGCAUGGGAGGGUGUGAAAGCCAUGAUGGGGAUGCAGUCUAAGUCAUGGCUGUCUGCCUCCAUGCUGUUGGCUUCAGUGAUCCUUCUUCUUUAUUGGACGACAUCCUCAGCUCGCUCACAAGAUCCCACUUCCUCCAUCCUCUCAACAUCCUACAGGGUGAAGAGAGACCAGGCUUUCGAAAGCAGAGAGAAAUGGGAAAAAUCUUUAGCAGCUUUAGCAGCAGCAAAAGACGUCAUCCCUUUAAUCAAAAAAGUGAUUGAAAAGAUCGAUACCAAAAAGUUGCCAGCUGUGAUGAAGAGUCUCGCCAACUUUGCCAGCUUGGCACCUGGCAUCGGAGGUCUGAUCGCCCCUUUUAUCAACAUGGCCUUGAUCUUCAUCCCUCAGGAUGACCCGGUGCUGAACGAGGUGAAGAAAGGGUUUGAAGAAGUGAACAGGAAGUUGGACUCUAUCUCCAUCCAGAUCUCCAACCUAGAAACGAAUGUGGAAUGGUUUAACUACGCCAGCGUCUACUCUCAAGACGAACUCCUCAUCCUCAAUGCCUGGAAGAAGUUCAAUGAUCUUCUUCAGAACAGCCAGUUGGUAAAAAGUGAAGAGGACAAACUCCGACUGGCAGAGAUAUACGUCAACUACUAUGAGAACACAGGAACUGAAGCCAGUGUGGCCAACGUCUACCAUUACCUGACAGUCUCAGACACGUCUCUCAGUGGAAACCUCAACAAACUGCUGAGGAAGAAGUUUAAAUGUGAUGUUGAAAUGAUUGGCAAAUAUAACGUCUAUUUCAGCAGUUUGCUGUGGAAGGGGAUGGUGCUGAACCAGUUCUACUGGAAACUGAUAGGGUUGGACUCAUCAGGUAUAGAAGCUGAACACACCAAGAUGUUCAAGAACGUCUCUAGAAAUCAGAUAUCAGCUCUGGAAUACUGCCUGACCAACAUGCCGUUCGUGAAGGAAGACGUGGUGAGGAUCAGCAAUGGACUCAGUGACAAAAAAGCCAUUGCUGAUAAGGUGAGAGAGUUUCUGGACAAUAAGUACAACUGGUACAACUGGGUGGUGAUGGUGUACACAGAUGAACAUAACAAUCAUGUGAUAUAUAAUAUGAAAAAGAUCCCUGUGGGUAAGAUCACUGUCAAUGUGGGCUACACUCAGAAAGCAGAGGAGAUAAGUAAAGAACAAGUAAAAAACAACCUGGAUCGGUGCUACACGAAGAAAUAUGGCCCCAGCAGUAGACAAUGGGACGUAGUUAAAAUGUAUGAGGAUGCCGGGAUGAAGAUGCCCGAGAAGGACGAAACACUUUGUAAUAAAAGUGCAACAGAAAUUCCGCAAUUUUCUUUAGGAUAUACUCACGGUCUCUACAUCUAUUACUCCCGAAACAUGUCUCCCUGCAACAAUAACUCAUGUCAGAACGGAGGAGACUGCAAGCCUCUGUGGGACACCAACAAAUAUUUGUGUGAGUGUCCUCCUAGUUACCAUGGAGACACAUGUGAAAACAAGAUUGAGAACAAAAACAUCUCAGCUAUUGAAAAAGGCCUCACUGUGCCUGACAUCACCAUCAACGGCAAACUGAAAAAGAUUCAAUUUACACUAGACAACAUGCGACGUGGUCGCUAA